UCUGUCUUUUCACAAUUUAAAUAAAAAAUGUUAUCUAAUAAUUCGAAAACUAUUAGAUUAACAGUCGUAGCUGCAGAUGGCGUCGUUAAAAGAGACGUUUUUAAACUACCCGAUCCUUUCGCUGUUAUUACCGUAGAUGGCUCUCAGACUCACACAACAUCCGUUAUAAAAAAGACUUUAAAUCCAUACUGGAAUGAGAGUUUUGAUAUACAAGUGAAGGAUACUUCUAUAAUCGCAGUACAAGUUUUCGAUCAGAGAAAGUUUAAGCGUCGUGAUCAAGGUUUUCUAGGAGUCAUCAAUCUCAAAGUAUCCGAUAUUUUAGAUUUAGAAAUUGGUGGAACAGAAAUGAGAACUUUCGAAUUAAAAAAAUCAAACGACAAUCUAAUCGUUCAUGGUAAACUUAUUUUAUACUUGUCCUCAAACACAAAUCAGCCUAUACCCUCAAACAAUGAUACUCCUAGAAUCCAAUCAAACUCUUCUUCCACUUCUUUAGCAGGUCCUUCAAACAACCCUCCUAGAGAUCCUCCUGCUAUCAACGCUCCUACUACCACCUCUGCUAACGCCACUCGACAAACCCCAUCACAAUCAAACUCCCCUAGAGAUAACGAUAGACAGUUAUCCACAAGAGUUUCAAACGUCGGUAGACAAUUUGAUCCCCAUGAAGAUCAAUAUGGUGCUUUACCAGCGGGUUGGGAGCGUAGAACUGAUCAUUUAGGUAGAACUUAUUACGUCGACCAUAACACACGUACAACUACAUGGAAUAGACCAAAUAACAACACAACUUCCGUAACCAAUCAAUCAGCUGAACGUCGUGCAAUGGAUUCUAGGGCUCUCCCUGAUGACAUGUUGAACGCAACUAAUAGAGCUGCGCCUUCAAAUUCUAACUUAGCUGCUUUAUUAAAUAAUGGUCCGUCAAACACUCAAUCAGGUGCAGGUCCUCUGCCUGCAGGUUGGGAGCAACGUUACACUGCUGAAGGUAGACCUUAUUUCGUUGAUCAUAAUACUAGAACUACAACUUGGGUCGAUCCUAGACGUCAACAAUUACUUCGUGUUCUCGGUCCAAAUGGCAAUAAUCUUUCUGUUCAACAACAUACCGUUUCUCAAUUGGGUCCUUUGCCAUCAGGUUGGGAAAUGAGGUUAACUUCCACUGCUAGAGUUUACUUCGUUGAUCAUAACACUAAAACCACUACUUGGGAUGAUCCAAGAUUACCUUCAUCACUUGAUCAAAACGUUCCUCAAUACAAGCGUGACUUUAGAAGGAAGUUGAUCUACUUUAGAUCACAACCUGCUUUAAGGCCAAUUCCUAAUCAAUGUCACAUUAAAGUCAGACGUAACUUCAUCUUUGAAGAUAGUUAUGCAGAGAUUAUGCGUCAAACUCCUAACGAUUUGAAAAAGAGAUUAAUGAUCAAAUUCGAAGGUGAAGAUGGUUUGGAUUAUGGUGGUGUCUCCAGAGAAUUCUUCUUCUUAUUGUCACACGAACUCUUCUCACCUCUGUAUUGUCUAUUUGAAUAUAGUGCUCACGAUAACUAUACUCUUCAAAUCAAUCCAAACUCUUCGAUCAACCCAGAACAUUUGAACUACUUCAAAUUCAUCGGUCGUUGCGUUGGUUUAGCCAUCUUCCAUAGAAGGUUCUUAGAUGCUUACUUUAUUACAUCAUUCUACAAAAUGAUCUUGAACAAACGAAUAGGAUUGCAAGAUUUAGAAUCAGUUGAUGCUGAGUUACACAGAUCAAUGUCCUGGAUUCUUGAUAAUGACAUCACUGAUAUUUUAGAUAAUAACUUUGUUGCAGACGUAGAAACAUUUGGUGAGAUCCAAUCAGUACCACUUAAAGAAGGUGGUGAAGAUAUUGAAUUAAAUGAAUCAAACAAGAAAGAAUACGUUGAUUUGAUGGUUCAAUUUAGAAUCGUUACAAGAGUUAAGGAUCAAUUUGAAGCAUUCAUGUCUGGAUUCAAAGAAUUAAUACCACAAGAUUUGAUAAAUGUCUUUGAUGAAAGGGAAUUAGAACUUUUGAUUGGUGGUAUGGCUGAAAUUGAUAUUGACGACUGGAAAAAGCACACCGAUUAUCGUGGAUAUACGGAAUCUGAUGAAGUUGUUCAAUGGUUCUGGAACGCAAUCAAGAGUUGGCCAACUGAAAAGAAGUCCAGAUUAUUACAAUUUACAACUGGUACCUCUAGAAUACCUGUCAAUGGUUUCAAAGAUUUACAAGGUUCUGAUGGUCCACGUAGAUUCACAAUUGAAAAAGCUGGUGAAAUCAAUCAUUUACCAAAGUCUCAUACAUGUUUUAAUAGGAUCGACUUGCCUCCUUAUCGGAAUUUUGAAGCACUCGAACAAAAGCUUAGUACGGCUGUUGAAGAAACACUUGGAUUCGCAGUUGAAUAGAUUGAUAUUAUUACGUACUAUUGAUCAUUGAAUCAUAUCUUUUAUGUCUAUUACGCAUUGAACUUUACUUUUUAACUUCUCGUCAUAUUCUUGUACUCUUUUGUUCAUUUAUUCAUUCAAACUGUUACAGUAUUUCUCUUCUCACUUGACAGGUUACGAAUGAUACAGAGUUUGAGAUACAUUUGACUACUUAUUUAAGAUAGUUUACGAAGUAUUUAUUCACUGAUGACAAGAACGUUUUUAAGAGUUAGAUGUAAAAUUAACUCAACUCAAGUAUUAAAUAAGUGUAUAGUGGGUUUUAUUUACACAACCGUUGAUAAUUAAAGAAAGUGAAUAUGCUAACCGCUGUAAGACAAUAUUUGGGUACCUUAUCUAAUGACAAAAUCAGAACACGUGUUUGAUCACAAUUAGUUUAUGUAUUAUUUUUGAGUAGCGAUAUUAAAUAGUUUUUUCUUUGUUGAAUAUUGAUAGCGAGAUCAUUGUCUAACGUAUCAUUUGAAUGUCCACGAGAAAACCCCAAAUAAGAUGAGGAUAUUUAAACAAGUUAAGGACACAUCUUGCGGUUUAAACUUGCUUAAAUAAUCUUAUAAUUUUGCAUGAAAACGGGCAUUAGGGUACCUUACUGUAAUUGUUGAAGCUUAAACUCAGAGAGUGUUACAGAGAUAAUGCGACUGGGUCACAUACCAAGGUAUAUUCUACUUCAAAAGCAGCCAAAUAAUUAAUUAAAAGUAUACGUAGAUACGGAUCAGAUAUCUUCUAGUUUCAAGUAAUAAAUGCUUAUCAUUGAUUGACAUCAUACUUGACAUCCUUGUAACAAAACAUUGUCAGUCAACAGAAUAAUAGUAUAAGUAUAUAACCCGACGCAUAUAAAAAUGUAUAACAGUUAUUAUACUUCUGAUUGUGAUUCCUGUAUAUACUCAGAUAUUGGAAUUAUCAUUUUUUUCGGCUUUUUUUGGUUGGAAUAUUAGUGAAAGAAUGAAUAGAUAUGAAGUCCAUCUCAUAUAAAAAUGGAUAUAUGGAUAGGGAAGGUGAUAGACUUUGAAUUCAAGCCUUAAUUGAUAAAAUCGUAUAGCAUUUUAAUCACAUUCAACUGGGUUCCAGGUACAGGCCCCAUCUGGCGUAUCUAAUCCAUCUAUAUCAAUCAUAUCUUGCGCAUCCAGAUAGAAAUCAGUGUCAAGUAAGAGGUUUUCGCUUAACCGUGACUCAUUUUCAGUCUUUAUCAACGGAACAAACCCAUGUUGAAGCGACCAUUUUAUCAGAAUUUGAGCUGGUGUUACCGAAUGUUUCUGGGAUAUUCUCUGUAUUGUAUCAUCAGACCAACGUGAUGCUCUUGCUAAUGGUGAAAACGCCUGUAUUACAAUUCCAUGCUCUCUACAGUAAUCAACGAUUGGUCUGUUUUGUAACCAAGGAUGUAAUUGUAUUUGAUUCACAUGUGGAACAUUGACAGAGACACCUUCUAUUGUCUUCAAUUCUUCAAGAUGCUUUACACCAUAGUUUGAUACACCAAUACUUUUACAAAGUCCAGCGUCAUAAGCUUCGCAUAAACUCUUCCAAGCAUCGAUACGAUUUGUUCUACCUGGUGUAGCAGAAUGUAUUAACAUCAGAUCGAGGUAGUCUGAUUUUAAGUACCGUAUACUCUUCCUAACAUCCUUACAAGCAUGUGUAGAAGUACCAGCUUUGUCUAGCUUGGUCGUUAUGAAUAGUUCUUCACGCGAUACGUGAUUAGGAAGUGCAGCUAAUGUUUCACCGAGUUCUCUCUCAUUUCUAUAGACUCUAGCGCAAUCGAAAUGUCUCCAGCCUUUUUCGAUAGCUUUCGUUGAUACCUCUUGUGUACGCUCCCUUGCUAAUUGAUAGAGUCCAAAACCGAUAGAAGGCAUAGUCCUGCC